AUGAGUGCCUCGGAAAAGGGAUCUCUGAUGGAAAUCCCUGGGAUUCUACACCUGGAGCAGACGAAACGCGCCCGUCAUGCCGCCGUGGUGAAGGCUGCCGAACGCAAUGGCUGGAAGUUGACCGAAGCCAACACCAAGGGUCAUAUCCUGUGGGCCGAUACGUCAUGGACGCUGUCCAUCCGUUUCAAUCACUUUCCUGGGAUGAACGAAUUGAGUCGGAAGGAUUUUUUUGCCAAGAAUCUGAGGAGGAUGAAGGAGCAAUUUCCUGCUGAUUAUGAUAUUUUCCCGGAUUCUUGGAUUCUGCCGAUGGAAUCCGACGAGUGGCGGAAGCAUUCCGAAGAGAACGGCAACAAUCAGGUUUACAUCGUUAAACCCUGGAAUGGAUCAGAAGGUCAAGGUAUCACGUUGACUCAGGUCCCUCACGUGGUGGCUUCUCAUCUCAGUCCGCAAGUGGCUCAAGUUUACGUCCAGGAUCCGCUCACCAUUGAUGGGUACAAAUUGGAUUUGCGGAUUUACGUGCUGGUCACCUCAGUUUGCCCGCUGCGAUUGUACAUGUAUUCGGAGGGUCUGACAAGAUUCGCUACCAUUCCGUAUGCCAAGGCUGAUAGAGAGAAUCUCUCAAACCACUUCUUGCACUUGACCAAUUACACCAUCAAUAAGACGAGCUCAGCGUAUUCUCGGGAUGAAUUGCUUGGUUCCAAGCGUCGCUUUUCAACCUUGAAUAAGCAAUUGGAGACAAGAGGGAUAAACGUGGCUGCCCUGUGGCGCCGGAUAGACGGAGCUGUGGUAAAAUGCAUAAUCGCUGCUUUACCGAAAUUGCAAGCGCAUUAUGACAGGAAGCACAAGGCAGGAUAUCCGGUGGUUCCAGCGUGCUUCGAGCUUCUAGGCUUUGACGUGUUGCUGACGCGUGACCUCCGUCCUCUGGUCCUGGAGGUCAACUUUUUGCCGAGCAUGCACGUGAACACAUCAGUGGACCAGGCCGUCAAGGUACCGAUGAUGAUAGACGUGCUCAAUAUGGUAAAUCCGAAUGCGCCAACCUUGCGGCGGUUGAUUCGGGAUACGCAGAAAUUCAGCUUCCAGCUUUUUCAAUCUCGAUUUGCAAGCAAGAAAGCGCCGAACUCGGCAGAAUCUGAGAGCAUUCGAGAAUUGUGGGAUACUUACUGUGAGGAGAAAGUGAAGGAGGUAGCCGACUUCGAGAUGUCCCAGCGAGGAAAAUUUCGCCGAAUUUAUCCUCCCGUUUUUGAAGCGAUCGAAUUCAAUUCAGAGAUUUCUGCGCAUAAAGUGGCAGAAUUCUUGACACACGCUGCAAACACUCCGCUUGGCAGCUCUACCAAUUCUGUUGGGGAAUCGCGAGCCGCUUUGGCGAGUUCUGGAUCUCUUGUGAGACUCCGAUCGUCUGUUUCCUCAGAGAUGAAGAAUCCGAAGUUGGGCCAAUUUGCGUCAAAGUUGAGCAGGUCAGCGAGCAGAAGUGCGAAAUUAGAGCGAAACGAAUCCAUGCCGGAUGUUACCGAUCCGUUACCAAAUUUCAACUGUAGGACUUCGAUGCGUCAUUCCUUGCGCCGUGCGACAAUGGUCAAGCAGACUUCUCUACCGGCAAUGCCCGGAAGGACGAACAGCUGUUGCUCUGCAAGCACAUGCAGUUUGAGCAGCUGCAGCUCCUCUUGUUCGUCGUGUCUUCUCUUGAAUGCUUCGCAAGGAUUCUCUCCAUUGCCCAUUUCUGAAGUGGAAGAGAGAGCGAGGCUGGAUGCGCUAGUGCAACGGAACAACCUCCUGACUGGCAUGAAAGUCCGAGAAAGAGUUCGACAAUUGAAGCGGGAAUUGGAAAAGCCAAUGCUCAGAGUACCUUUAAGUUAUAUGGAGCUGAAAAGUAAACUGCCACAGGCGAAGGAGCCAUCCAGGAUUCCAUGCCUGAUAGGUAUCCAGGGUAUGAAACUGGUAUCGAGACCUGCUCCGGAAUCUCUUGAAAAGAAGAAACGCGCUGCUGCCAUCACGAGAUCAGGAAAUUCUGUAAUGCAAGUUGUUGAUCAGCGUAGCUUGGUUGCUAAACCUCCGAAACACACGCUUAGAUCUGCUGCUCCUCGCCGGGCAUAAAACGUUUGAUUCGUUUUGCUUUCGUCGCUGUACGUUCUUCUUUGUUAUUCAUCUUCGGUUUUCGUGUUUCCUUUUGCGUACAAAAGUCGGCGUAUGGGUUAGUCUGAGCGAGAAACAAGGCAAAAAAAUAUAUUGGUUGAUUUUUCUACGAGGAUGGCACACUUUUAAAGGUGUGAUUGAGGAGAUAAGUCUUUCGUACACGGCAAUAAGGAGGAGUAAUUUUUUUUCUUUUUCUAGUCGUUGCAAUUUGUGAAUAAGGUGUGAUGUACACUCGAUUGUUUAUUCCAAGUUUUCGGCGGUGAUUGGUGAGCACUUCUCGGAAUACCAGCCGUCUACCUUACUUACAUACUCGCUUUUCCAACCUCGUCUGUUAUUUCGUAUUAAAAACCUGUGUUUGCCGUUUCAAAGAUGCUCAACGUCUUGUUCCCGUGUUGUUCUGGUUGCGCGAGUUCGUCUUAUGGUCGGUGCCUCGACGGUCGGUUUGCCUUUUGCUAGCUAUCCAAAAGCGUUUAUUCAGACGUCCUGUUGCGCAAGUUCUUCUGCAUAACAAGUGCGGUAUGUUGAGAGCUUGUCUAGUGAUUUGCUGUUGAUUGCUUCGUGAGGCAGUUGCAAUAUUUGUCUUCGACUGCGAGGUUAUGUGUUGAAAAAUGAGAAAAAGUGGCUAGAGAUUGCCAGUUGAGCAGCAUGCCAAAGAAUAACGGUGUCAACUUCGCGUUCGGAUAGAGGAAUGGAAAAUGAAAGAUUUAUGCUUGUA